AUGAUCGUGCGAAAAAAUCCCGAAGCAUUUGCAGUUGAUCAUUCGCUACCAAAAAGUCGUUCAAAUGAAAAUAUUACUUAUUCCGAUAAUAAAUUAAAAAGACAUUCAAUAGGAGGACAUUUAAUGCGAUCACCUGAAGAUUAUGCCGCAACUAAAAUUCAGGCUGAAAUUCGUGGAUUUUUAGCGAGAAAACAUAUACGAGAUAUGAAGAAGGAAAGCGAUAAAGCUGCAACAAGAAUACAGUCAAAUAUUAGAGGUUUUCUAACAAGAAAACAUUUGGAAAAAGAAGGAAUUGUAUUAUCACAUCAUUCGAAUGACCACUAA